UGUCACCGUGCAUUGCAUAAGCCACUCGUGUCCUGCAAUGUCAUCAAAUAAAAGCAUGUUUUCGUCUCUUCAGGGAGCAUCUGGACAUCUGAUAGCCGAGAUUUAAGGAAAAAAUAUGUGAAAUUUAGCAAACUAGUUAAGCAUAUUUUCGAUUGUUGAAUUGGUGAAAAUUCUGAAAUGAACUUUCCAUAGUUCAACUAAACAUCUGAUGUCAACAAGUUCACAGCUGGUUCUAAUGGCAUUUCAAUUUGUUGACUGACCAUGUUAUAUCAUAUCAUAUAUGAGACACAUGCUAUCAACAUUCUAUGUAACUUCUUUAGAAUACUGGAGCACAUGUUGGCUUACAGAAAUACUUCUCCUCGUCUUCCAGUUAGACUUCAUUACCUCAGUGUUCUCAAAAUACAUUGUACAUUUAUUUAAAUGUAUUCUUUUACAUGUAUGUGUUUACCGCUGAUUCAUGUAUGUGCACUGCAGCAAGACAAUUGAAUACAUCAAGUGGUUUGAUUGUGAUUUGUUUGUAGUUUAACUUUUGCAGGUAAUUGCAUCAAUUAAUGUUCAGCGUAUGACACCAAGCAAUAUGUUGUGCUCAUUGUUUGGAAGGUGCAACAUGAAAAACACAAGUGUGUUAUAUAGAAACUCAAAAUGUUAUUUUGUUGUUCAUUCAUUUCUGAGGAGGACCCAGCCAAAACAAUGCUUUUCGGUAGUGUCAAAGAGAUUUUUCUCAGUGUCUCAUGUGAAAUUUCCAAAAAAUGGCACAAAUGGUAAAACCAGUAACAUUGUCAAAAAAAACACAUCAGUGCCGAAAGCUUCCGAACUGCGAAGACUUAUGAAAGCUGCACAUCCGGAGCGAUGGAAAAUUGCUGGUGCUGUCUGUCUUCUAGUCAUUUCCAGUUCUGUCAGCUUGGCUGUCCCGUUUUACAUGGGGAAGAUUAUAGACAUCAUUAAUGAGUCAGCCCAUGACGGCACCCUCAUGGAGAAACUGACAACCAUCUGCUCAUAUCUCCUGGUUGUGUUCGCUGUGGGUGCCCUUGCUAACUUUGGACGAUCAUAUCUCAUGGACGUUUCAGCAAUGAAAAUUAUUCAACAAAUACGUCAAAAACUAUUUUCAUCAGUAAUGAAGCAAGAUAUAGGAUUUUUCGACAAGACGAAAACAGGAGAGCUGAUAAGCCGACUGUCUACAGACUCUUACCUUGUUGGCCGAUCUGUUACUUUCAACAUUUCUGAUGGUCUAAGGGCUUUGGCACAGGCCCUUGGUGCUACGGGCAUGAUGGUUUACACAUCCCCGAAACUGGCCCUGAUUGCUAUGGGGAUCGUCCCGCCUAUUGUGGUGAUGUCAAAAAUCUACGGCAGCUAUGUACGCAAGAUCACCACUCAGGUCCAGGACUCCCUUGCCGCCGCUACUUCUGUCGCAGAGGAGAAGGUUAGCAAUAUUCGCACGGUUCGAUCGUUCACCAAGGAGAAAGAGGAAAUGGAAUCGUACAACAAAGCUCUUCAGAAAGUCCUCAGUCUCGGAUACAAGCAGGCGUUGGCCAGUGCUGUCUUCUGGGGCUCGACAGGGUUUUCGGGGAACCUGAUUGUUUUGUCUGUGUUCUACGCUGGUGGGUACAUGAUGAGCGAGUCGAUGCUUACCAUUGGGGAGCUCUCAGCCUUCCUCCUGUAUGCAGCAUACAUCGGUAUCUCAUUAUCAGGCAUGACAUCAUUUUACUCCGAGCUGAAUAAAGGUCUCGGAGCCAGUACCAGGAUCUGGGAGUUAACCGACAGAGUGCCUCAAGUUCCAUUUACUGGUGGGAUUGUGCCAAUAAAACCCCUCCAGGGCAAGAUUGACUUCAGAGAAGUGAAUUUCAAGUACCCAAGUCGAGAGGAGUCGUCUAUCCUGUCCAGGCUGAACCUUACUAUGCCUCCAGGAACUGUAACUGCAGUGGUGGGGGCAAGUGGCUCGGGCAAAUCCACACUGGGAAGUCUUCUGCUUCGGUUUUAUGAUCCUAACUCAGGGGAAAUCUACCUGGAUGAUGUAAAUAUAAGAGACAUCGAUCCCCAGUGGCUGCGGCACCAGAUUGGGGUUGUAAGCCAGGAACCAGCCCUGUUUUCAUGUUCAAUAGCUGACAAUAUCCGGUAUGGCGCAACUGACCCAUCUGUUGUUACAUCAGAGAUGGUGGAAGACGCUGCACGACAGGCGUUUGCUGAUAUAUUCAUCCGAAACUUUCCACAGCAGUACGACACUUUAGUCGGAGAGAGGGGGCUUAUGCUGUCAGGUGGCCAGAAGCAGAGGAUAGCUCUGGCAAGGGCAAUAAUCAAAAAUCCGAAAAUUCUCCUUUUGGAUGAAGCAACCAGUGCGUUGGACUCAGAGAGUGAAUAUUACGUGAAAGAGGCCUUACACAGACUUAUGGUUGGCCGAACAGUGAUAACUAUAGCGCAUAGACUUUCCACUAUACGAGAGGCGGACCAGAUAGCUGUGUUAGACAAAGGAGCUGUGGCGGAGUUAGGCUCGUACGAGCAGUUGACAGCGAUGCAGGACGGCAUAUUCAGGAAAUUAGUGGAAAAGCAGACGAUUACUUAUUAAUUUUGAUUUAUAUAUAGAUUGUUGAUAUUUUGUUAUAUUUCAGUGAAAGAUGAUUUUGGUGUAGUGGUAUAGAUGUCUGCCUCUCACCUAAAAAGUUGUGGGUUUGAUUCCCACUAUGGAAAGAUUUUCAUGGCUUUUCGAAAUGGACAUCCAUACUUUAUUCAACUGAGGAUACAGACUCGAGCGAGAUUUUGUAAUCUAGCAGCAAUUGACAGCAAUGCUUUAUUUCAUAGUUUUGAAAUUAGUGAAAAAGCUUAUUAAUUUAUAAAUGCAUAGAUUGUUGAUUUAUUUGUUAUAUUGAAGUGAAAGUUGAGAGUGGUCUAGUGGUGUAGAUGUCACCCAAAAGGUUGUGGGUUUAAUCCCCAGAAGGGUUACAUUUUCAUGACCUUUCAAAAUGGUUAUCAGUUCUGGUUUGUACGGAGAAAACGGACUCAGGCGGGAUUCUAUAAGCUUUCAGCAAUUGACAACAAUGCCUUUUGUCAUAUUUCUGAAAUUAGUGGAAAAGCUUAUUAAUUUAUAUAUGCAUAGAUUGUUGAUUUAUUUGUUAUAUUUGAGUGAAAGUUGAGAGUGGUCUAGUGGUAUAUAUGUCUGCCUCUCACACAAAAGGUUACUUUAACCAUUAUAUAUUUUACAACGAUUGUGAAAUAAGCUAUGAUAGCUUAUACUAAGUCACUCUCGUUGGCAAGAUGUUGCACAAGAGUGUGGUCUUGUGUUGUGGGGGAAACCGGAGAACCCGGAGAAAACCCACUUGUCCGGCUUGGUGACCACUAACCAAACUCACAUGCGCCCGGGCCGGGAAUCGAACCCGGGUCGCCUUGGUGAGAAGCGAGUGCGCUAACCACUGCGCUAACCGGACAGGUUGUGGGUUUAAUCCCUAUAAGGGAAACAUUGGCCUUUCAAAAUGGACAUCAGUACUGGUUUCUAAGAAAAUGACUCAAAUUUGAUCCUAUAAGCUUUCAGUGUCACGUCAUAAUCAAGCUAAAAGAAAAAAGAAAAAUAUUAAAAACUAAAAUAAGGGAAUUCAUUGUAUAUAUAUAUUUAUUCAAAGACAUAUAGUUCAACAUUGAUCAUUCUUACGUGUUAAGUUUUAUUAUUUUAGAACUUCUAAUAUUCAUUGCUUUUUACUUUUUCAUGCCAUUAAAUACAAACAUUAAUUGGAUUUUACUUUUUUAAGCCAUUAAAUACAAAUUACAGAUUUUUCAGCUAUCUUAUGGCCUCAAUUUCCCAAACAAUCUUAAGUCCAUGAUAACAAUUUCACUACCUAAUUCAAUGUGACUAGGUCGUUAGCAUAUAUAAGACGCAGGCAAAAAAAUGUGAAAAAAAUCGGAGAAAAAUCUUGAAACCUCUGAUUUGAUACAUAGGUCGUAAUGAAAAAAUGUUAAGACCGUCUGCCACCAUGUUUGUUUACAGUGAUGAAAUUAUCUUUUAUCAUGAAAAUGGCAAUGCUUAUUGUAAACCAUGCAAUAUUAAAUACUAAGCAAAAUAAGUCCCUUAAAACAGGAAUAAGCUGAUCACACUUAUUUUGGGGUAUUAUUUAUUUAAUAUUCUCAUUUCGAAGAGUAAUGAAACUUUUAAAGGAAAUUAUUUUAAUGAUAAUAACAAACUAUCUUUUAUUUUGUAAAAUCAAGUUUUAAAGUAACUUAUUCAACUAAUUAAAAUACUUCAGCUUGUAAUACUUCAAAAAGUUUUUAGAAAUUUGGAACAUGAUCAAGCUAGGUGCUUAAUAUUUCAUUUCCGAUAUUACUUGUGUAAUUUUUUCCUCGGAAUUUUGAGAGUGUUAAAGGAAAUUAUAUUUCAGAAAAUUAUGAUAAAAUUUGUUUUUAUUCCACAAAAUCCAGUCUAAGCAAGUAAAUAGGGUAUUAAAAUGAAAUAUGAGACUAAAACCUGUUAUGCUAAGACAUUUUGAGAAGUUGUGGUCCUCUAAGGUUAAGAAUGAUUCCUGCUGAUGUUGUAUUUACUUAAAGGGACAUUUUUCACUAGUAAAAUGGUUGUUGCACUGCCAGUAUAUUUGUUACUCAGAUGAAAAAAUAUAUUAAAUAUAAAAAACAUGUA